CUGAAAGCGAAUGGGUGUUACUCUAAAAAAUGUUUCUUUUCAGGUUGUGAUACUGCACUCAAAUGUAAAUUACUUCAAACACCUCUUCAUAUAUGCGCUAUCCACAAUGUGCCUAAUGUAGCGACGUUAUUAUUACGCAAUCGGUAUAUUAUGUUAGAUAGCGCCGACUCUCGUGGAUGCACAGCUUUACAUCAUGCGGCAUAUCAUGGUCACAUAGAGGUCGCUGAACUCCUCUUAAAAGCUGGAAUAAACAUGGCUGCUGUGUAA